AUGAGCAUGACCACUCAGCUGGUUGUAAAGGCCGUCGGCGGGCGAGCGGCAGGCGAGGUCGACCUGGCAGCGCUAGUGCAGGCCUCCCUUGUCCAGCUCUUCGGAUCCAUCGGAGGCGCCAUCCCCCUGGAGUUUGAGAGCAUCACCUCUGGCAGCGGCGCGGAAGGGGUGGUCACCGUGGACAAGCGGGACGAGGCCAAGCUGCGCUCAGCGCUGGCACUGGUGUCCAGCUACGGAGGGAAGUCGCUGCGGCUGGAAGUGACGGAGGCGGACGCGGCGGGUGGCAGCAGAUAG